AUGAAGGCUGGUCCGUUCGACCUGGCAGCCGCCUUUCGGCGGCUCUUUGCAGCGUCGCCUCUGCGCCACGGUGCGGCGCCGGAGCCCGAAGCAGCUCUGGAGGCGCUGGUACGAGGCUUCGGGCUGCCGCAGUGUUUCAAGCGAGGUCUCUGCACCGAGGAGGACAUACGGGACUUCCAGAUUCACCUGGCCCGGUGCCUCCGCGGCCAGCGCCUCCGCUGGAAACGGAUCUUCGAAAGUCCAAAGCCGACAUUCUUGGAGGUUUGUUCGGGUACUGGCGACUGGGUCGUGGCCCAGGCGAAAGCGGACUCAGGACGAGCCAACUGGGUGGCUAGCGAGCUGCGGUACGACCGAGUCUGGAGCAUAUUGACAAAGGCCAUCUUCGCAAACGUGGAGAAUUUGGCUGUGAUUGCUGGUGAUGCUGGAACGGUGUUGAGCGAGUGGGUGCUGCCCGGAAGCGUGGCAAAGGUCUGC